UUACGACSAUUACGAGCGAAAUCAUGGCAGAACCGUUCCAGUUUGAGCCAGAAUUCGAUGAAAAUGAAAUAAGAAGUGAUGAGUCGAAUGAAGGAAGUAAUUCUUCGGAGGAAGAGACGAUSRGAGAUCAAGAUACAAGGCUUGAAGAUGCUUCUACAUGGUGUAGUUGUGGUCAAUGCGAAGUGCUAGAGACGGCCGAGAUGUGUGUUUGUUGUAAAAAUCUCAGGUUUAUUAACCACUUGACGCAAGAUAUUGAAUGUGUAACAUAUCACGAAGAUUUUGAGCCUGUUUGUUUGAACCGAGGAUCACUUUGGACAGCAUUAGUUUCACUACACGAUAGGGAAAGUGCAUCACUCCCCAAGCCGGAUAAAGUACCAAACGAGUAAGAA